AUGCGCUCACAGGCCAAGACAAUCAAUGUCAAACAGAUCAAUGGAUCCAAGUCUUCACUGAUGGGUCAUACAUGGAAAGGCUCACUGGCCCUUGAGACAAUCAAUGUCAACUAUCCUGCAGAUCAAUGGCUCCAAGUAUUCACUGAUGGGUCAUACAUAGAGAACCAAGCAAACGUUGGUGCAGGUGUCUACUCUGAACUCUUCUUGUUCUACGCAGCAGUGGGAUACAAUAGAUCCACUUUCGAAGGAGAAAUAGAGGCCAUUAGGAUAGCACUAUGCCAAUUAUGUUGCCUGGAUACGAAAUUCACCAAAGCGGUGAUACUUUCGGACUCACAGUCAGCAAUAGACUCUAUUGGAAACAGAGAGCCACCCAAAACAGCCGAAAUGCAUAGACCGGUGGCCGGUGUCUUUCCACACGAUGAAGACCCUUUAAUCAGGAGAGAAUUCAAGACCACAAUCUACAACGAACUGGAAGCUCGAACAAAGGAGAAACAUUGGAAAGUGACACUCUCCACCAAGAAUCGAAGCCGUUGCUGA